GCAUGGGAGGAACAACGGUAAGAAGCUUAUGGCAGUGCGCAUCGUGAAGCACGCUUUCGAGAUCAUCCACCUGCUCACAGACAAGAACCCCAUCCAGGUGAAGCCUGGGACGGAUCCUAGAACGGCGGUCCUCGCGAAGACUCCACUCGUGUCGGAUCCGCUGGUGUCGUGCGGCGACAGGGCAUGGAUCGUGGUGGCUGAAGUAGGAAUGGCCAUGAGUUAUGAGGCUGUGGAUGUCUCCCCGCUUCGACGAGUGAACCAGGCCAUCUACCUCAUCUGCACAGGAGCCCGAAACAGCGCUUUCCGAAACAUCAAGUCUAUCUCAGAGUGCCUUGCAGAUGAGAUCAUGAAUGCUGCAGCUGGGCCAUGA